UGUAUCACGUGAACGUCUCUCAUCACUUGUGUUGACGUUUAUAACAGUUGACUAUUUGACCCCGUGUAAUCCUAUUGUUGUAAAGGAUGUGAAGGUCAGAUUUGGAUAAGAUAUAGUCACUGUAAGUGGUUUUAACACAUCAAAGGAAAAUAUGCAUAAGUUGUUUAAAACAAUCAAAGAAGAGCACGAGAAACCUGUGGAAGGACAAAUUACAGGAGAGAUUCCAGAAUGGGUUAACGGAAGUCUAUACAGAAAUGGACCAGGAAUGUACGAGGUUGGGGAAUACAAGUACAAUCAUUGGUUUGAUCCCCUGGCGAUGUUCACAAGGUUCCACAUAGAAAACAAGAAAGUAACCUACCAGAACCGCUAUCUAAAAAGUGAGACCUAUAAAAAGAAUGUUGCUGCCCAGAGGAUUGUUAUUUAUGGAUUUGGCACACUUCCGGUUCCAGACCCUUGUCAAAAUAUCUUCCAAAGAUUUUUGAGUUAUUUCACAGUAGAUGAAAAGAACGACAACACGAAUGUCAAUUUUUAUCCAUUAAAGGAUGAGUUGUAUGCUAGUACAGAGACAAACUUUAUUAGGAAAGUUGAUCCUGAAACCUUAGAGACACUAGAGAGAGUUAAUCUUACAGACUAUGUCGCUGUUCACACGGCAAGUGCUCACCCUCACUAUGACGCAGAUGGAACAGUUCACAAUAUCGGAAACUGUUUCAAAGGAGGUCCAAAAAUUUGUAUCAUCAAAAUUCCUCCUAAAAAAGAACCUAAUGAUGAAUUUCCACAAGGUCAAGUUAUGUCUGCCAUCAAAUCAUCAGGCAAAGUUAGCAUCAACUACAUCCAUAGUUUUGGUAUGACUGAAAACUAUUACGUGUACGUCGAACAGCCAAUGUUCAUGAAUCUACUAAAAAUAAUGACGGCUAAAAUUCGAGGUUCGCCUAUGAGUAAUUCCAUGGACUGGUACCCGGACCUAAAGACAAGAUUUCGCAUUAUUGACAAGAAAACUGGUGAAGAAGUCAAUCCAGAAAUCAAAUAUGAAGCUGAUCCCUUGAUGGUGUUUCAUCAUAUAAAUGCAUAUGAAGAAAAUGGUCACAUUAUUGUUGACCUCUGUGCUGUAAGAUCAAAUGAAGCAUUGAGCUAUGUCUACCUCAAGGACCUAACCUCAGAACAAUGUGAGGAAAAAUGGAGAAACUUUGAAGACCCUCAACCUAGGAGAUAUAUUUUGCCUUUAAAAGUUAACCAACAGACACCACGCAACAAGAACUUGGUGGAUAUAACACAGGCAGCAGCAACAGCAGAAAUGACAGCAGACGACACUGUAUAUUGUACAUGGGAAGCACUGGUUAAUACAGGUAUGGACUUUCCACAAAUAAACUAUAAAAGUCACAAUGGAAAGAAAUACAGAUAUACAUAUGGGGUAGGCUGGCAUCCAAAGGGAAAACAUUUUAAUACUGUAAUGAAGAUUGACAUCAACACUAAGACAUUCAAGGAAUGGGGUGAGGACAAAUGCUACCCCUCAGAACCAGUGUUUGUACCUAAUCCAAAUGGUACAGAUGAAGAUGAUGGUGUUGUAUUAUCAUCUGUGAACACUUCAGACUAUGACAAAGGAAAGAACGCCUUCUUGCUCGUACUUGAUGCUAAAUCUAUGAAGGAAAUUGCCAGAGCAGAAUUUGAUAUACCACGAUUUCCAAAAGAUUUUCAUGGCUUGUUCAAAACGAAUCAGUGAAUCAACAGAUCUCUCAAGACAAGCAUCAGUGUUGUUGUUAGAAAGUACACAUUUUUGAUCAGUAUAAUAUUAGAAAUUCCUGAUUGCUUAGUGUAGGAGUUAAUCUCAGUAAAGCUGCGUUAUGAUUUGUCGUUACAAUUUUGAUAUAUGAUGGUAGUAAACAAAUUGUUAAUAUAAAUACAGUUUUUCAAAGUAUAUACAUAGAUAAUAAUGUUUGUAUAUAAUGUCAGUGUGUCAGUGUGUUUGGAAUAGAAACAAAGUUAAUGUAUGUUAAUAUCAAAGCCAAAAUGUUUUAUUUUUGUAACAUUAUUAUUAUAUAAAGCUUUCAUGCUAAAUAUGAGAUCAUUUUCUACGUUCGUUUUUAAUCAAAAGUGAUAUAUAAGGUUCUACACUAGGUCAUUUGAGAAUUAAUGUAGAAAUGCCAGAAUAAACGAAAUUUUGCUAAAAAAAAUCCUUAUAGAUUUUUGAUAAUGAUUUAGUUACAGAAAAAAGUUAUUUGUUUAAUAUUUUACAGUGAAUAGUAUGUAGGUAUAUUUGUAGGCAGAUUUUCAUAUUGGUACAAAUUUAAAUUAUAUUCACAAAUACAGGACUAUGUUGAAGAAAUUGUAUUCCUUAAACUUUUUUUAUCUUACUUCUACACAUUACUGAUCAAUGUAUAAAGAAUUUCUUUUCAAGUUGAUGCAACCAUGGAAAAUGU